AGUACAAAAUGGGCUGCAUACUUCAUUAAUAUUUUUUUCUCCAAUGCAGACCAUAAAUGGAUGGAAAUUCCCAGGAGGUCUGUCUAAUCCUGGUGAAGACAUUGGAGACACAGCAGUUCGAGAGGUUUUUGAAGAGACUGGCAUCAAGUCAGAGUUCAAGUCCAUCCUAAGCAUAAGACAGCAACACAAACACCCUGGAGCCUUUGGGAAGUCAGACAUGUACAUCAUCUGUCGCCUGCAGCCCUCCUCCUUCACCAUCAACUUCUGCCAGCAGGAAUGCUUGCGGUGUGAGUGGAUGGACCUGGACGAGCUUGCCAGGACAAAACAUGCUACUCCCAUCACGAGCAACGUAGCUAAGCUGUUACUUUAUGGAUACCGGGAAGGCUUUGAUAAAAUUGAUAUAACCAUGAGAGAGUUUCCAGCUGUUUACACAGGCCGCUUCUACAAACUAUACCACAGGGAGCUGCCUGAAUCCUACAGAAACAUUACAUGAUAGCAACAAAUUUCACAUAAUUAUAUUAAUAAUUUAAAAUUUUUAUUCAUAGUUACUUAGACCAUAUUGAAAUUAUUUGUGGACUUAUUUUUGAGAAGAAAAAAAAUCAGUAUUUAUUCUCUAAUAAGCUACAGAUAUAUAAAUUAUUUUAAAUGGCAAGUUUUCCUGUUAGCGUGCAUCAGUUAGUUUCCCUUUACUCUGUAAAGUGAAUAUAAAGUAAAUAAAAUAGCUCUAUAGAAAUCUCUAGCAAAAAAUAGAGGUGUUACUGAUCCUGAAAAUAGAUUCUCUACAUAAUUUUACCUCCACACACACUGGCACAAUAGGUUUACAGAGCAGUAUGAAGACAGGAAGAAACAUUCAUGUUUUAACCUUUCUGCAAAAGUAGCUGAUAUCAGCAAACAACAGCUUCUAUUUUUACUAGUUUGGUGAGGAGCAAGAAACUCUGCCUCUUAAAGUGUAGUGUGGCAUACGUUCAGAACCCACCCUGCAAAUCAGCUUUUAGCAGACAUUGGAAGAAAAAGGAUAGCUUUCUGUCCAGGUCCAGUUUUUGGUCCGGGUUUGUACUGUCCAGUUCUUUUCAGUGCCACAUACCAAUCAGAGUACUUCCGUGACCGGUAAGUGUUAUAGUUAUUAGAUUCCAAACGCUCAAAAAAGAAACAUUCUUCUGUUGCACAUUUCUGAAAGAGAAAAAGAAAGGGAUUAUUUGAUACUUCAUCACAACCCAGCACUUGGUCUGAUUUACAGGACUAACUUAUGAUAUUAACUUAGCAGUACAUUCAGAUUUAAGAAAUUUGUAUGAAAUGUUUCAUGCUUAAAGAAAAAUACAAUUACUGUUAAUGUAGUGUUUAAAACACCUACAAAAAUUAUUUUUAACUAUGACUCAUUAAUUGUCUCUAAUAAAGACAAAGCAGAUUCUA